AUCGGGGGCAGCGCGGGAGCAUCGGGAGCACCGGGGACGCCGGGGCGGGGAGAGCCCGCUCCUCUCCCCGCCGGGCCGGGCGGGAGGCGACUCGACGAAGACGCCCCAGGCUGGUGACAGCCCAGGCCGGUGGCCACCUGGGCAGGAGACAUGGCGGGGGGCGCGGGGCUGGCCAAGCGCCUGGGGACGCUCCUGUCGGGGCUGCUGGAGUGCGGCGCCUUCUGCGGCAUCAUCUUCGGCUGGGCCUCCCUCGUCUUCGUCCUCAAGGACCUGGGCUACUUCAAGGAGCUGUGCCAGCCCUCUGCCACCCCCAGUCCCAACCUCACCCUGGGGUCUGACUGCAGCGGGCAGGAUGAACAGUUCUCCCUGGUCUUCACCAUCGGCUCCUUCAUGAACAACUUCAUGACCUUCCUCAUGGGCGUUGUCUUUGACCGCUUUGGCACCACAGCUGCGCGCCUCAUUGCCAUCUCCCUCUACACUGGUGGGACCCUGCUCAUCGCCUUCUCCACCCCAGAGACGGCGGUGCUGCUCUUCCCGGCCAUGUCCAUGCUGUCGGUGGGUGGCAUGCUCCUCAUCCUCACCAACAUGCAGGUGGGCAACCUGUUCGGGAACUACCGCUCCAUCAUCAUCACCCUCUACAACGGGGCCUUUGACUCCUCCUCCGCCAUCUUCCUCAUCGUCAAGCUGCUGUACGAGCACGGGCUGUCCCUGCGGGCCAUGUUCCUCUUCCUGGCAGCCUGCAGUGCCUGGCACCUCCUGCGCACCCUCUUCCUGAUGCCACGCACCCGCAUCCCCUACCCACUGCCCCCCGACUACAACUACGGUCUGCAGUGCCCGGGCCGCUCCCGCUCCUACCGAACACACAAGGACAAGCAGCCCCCGGGAGAGGCCGGACCCGAGGAGACACCCCUGGAACCCCCUAUAGCUCGAGGUGGGGACGCCCCCGGCACGCCGUUCCGGGCCUGCGCCUGCUCCUGGCUCUUCGCCUGGCACGUAGCCUGGCUCUCGGUGAUGCAGCUGCGCCACUACCUGUUCAUUGGCACCCUCAACCCGCAGCUGGAGCACCUGGCGCAGGGAGACCAUGCUCUGGUGAGCACCUACACCAACGCCUUCGCCUUCACCCAGCUCUGCGGGGUGCUCUGUGCCCCCUGGAACGGCCUCAUCCUCGACCGGCACAAGCGGGGAAAGGGGCCCCGCCCUGAGGGGGUCCUGGCCUCGCUGGCAGACCUGCGCUCGGCGGUGCUGUCGCUGGUGGUGACGGUGGCACAGUGCCUGCUGUUCUCUGUGUUUGCCGCCGUGCCCGUCCUGCCCGUCCAGUUCGGCACCUUCGUGCUGCAGGUCAUCAGCCGCUCCUUCCUGUACGGCGGCAACGCCGCCUUCCUGGCCAUCGCGUUCCCCCCGCAGCACUUUGGGAAGCUCUACGGGCUGGCCAUGGCACUGUCGGCGCUGGUGGCCCUGUUGCAGUACCCCUGCGUCGCCCUGGUGCAGGGGCCACUCCAGGGGGACCCCUUCUAUAUGAACUUGGGGCUCAUCGCCGUGGUGCUGGUGGCCUUUGUCAGCCCUGUGGUGGUGGCUCGCGAGUGCCAGCGGCGAGCCAAGGAGUUGGGGAUGGCUGGCACCCCCCUGGCAGCCCCCCCCAGCACUGAGAUCCACGCUGAGACCCCACACUGAGCCCCACACCCAGCACCCCAUUUUUGUACCAGCCUGAGGGUGCUGUGCCAGUGGGGUGGGGAGGUUGGGGAUAAUAAACAUCGCUGUCCCCUCCA